GCGGGGUUUGCGGCCCGGCCCCGUUCCCCGGCGCCCGGCCCGGCCCCGCUCCCGGCCAUGGCCCCGAGCCGCGCACGGCGGAGCCGGCCCGGCCCCGCGGAGCGGCUCCCGGAUGCCCCCGUUCCAGUGGUGCCACGGGUGCUCCUGCAGUCUGGGCCUGAUUUAUACCAGUAAACCCUGCACGAUGCCCCCCGUCACGUUCCAGGACCUGCCACUCAACAUCUACAUGGUCAUUUUCGGCACCGGCAUCUUCGUCUUUGUGCUCAGCCUCAUCUUCUGCUGCUACUUCAUCAGCAAACUGCGGCACCAGGCUCAGAGCGAGAGAUUCGGGUACAAGGAGGUGGUUUUGAAAGGCGAUGCCCGGAGGCUGAACGUGCACGGGCAGACCUGUGCCGUCUGCCUGGAGGAUUUCAAGGUGAAGGAGGAGCUGGGGGUGCUGCCGUGCCAGCACGCCUUCCACCGAAAGUGCCUGGUGAAGUGGCUGGAGGUGCGCUGCGUGUGCCCCAUGUGCAACAAGCCCAUGGCGGGUCCAGCACAGCCCCGCGCCGGCAUCGGCACGCUCCUGGACGAGCUGGUGUGAGCGGCCCCGCUCCCCGCCGGCCGGAUCCUGCACGCGCCAUCGCCCGGCCCCACGUCCCGGGGGAACGAACGCUUCGUCUCGAAGGAUUCGGGAUUUCGGAGCUGGGGUUUUUAUCUCGCGGGGCGUUGCGUUGGUCUUGGGGGGUGGUCGGUUUUUAUGCCGCCCCCGGACGUGCUCCACCGGCACCGCCUGGGCUUGCCCACGGAAGGCAGAGCCCACGGCACGGGCAGGGCUGCGCCCCCCCCUGCUCCCCCCUCGCUGCGCGGAGUAUUUUUGUACCUGACCCCCUCCGGACUCUGAGGCUCCCCGUUUUUGGGAGGGAGCGCACAGCUUUGUGUAAAGCAGUGAUUAAACCGAUGGUUUCUC